GGUGUUUUACUGGACCCGCAGCAGUUAAAUGGAUGUGCAACACACUUUCCCUCUGGCUCUCAUUCACAUGUCUUUAUCAGAGGUCUGCAGCGCUAAUCCUCUUAAAUUCUAGUCAGCAGAGGCGGAGCAAACCUCUCAUUGCGUUUUACAGUUUCCUCCCCGCUCAUUUUACCGUACGAGGCUUGCUUUUGAGGCGGGGGGCGCACGGCCGACGGACUUCACCGCAAUGUGUAGUAGUGUUGUGGUUUUUCUGUAGAGUAGCUGUGUGAAACGGUGUGUCGGAGAGAGGGAGCAGAUGCGGCACUUGCCAUGACUUGUCCCAGGAAGCAGAGCUUUCACGCGGCGUUGAUCUUCCUGUUUGUCGCCCAGCUGACUGCAGGUCUUAAGUGUGUGUGUCAUCUGUGUGCCAACCACACCUGUGAGACGAGCGCAGACGGCGCCUGCUGGAACUCUGUGAUGCUGAUCGACGGGAAGGAGGAGACGGUAAAGUCCUGCCUGUCGCCCUCCGAGAUGAAGGGCCAGGUCUUCUGCUACAGCUCCCGUAACGUCUCCAAGAGGAACUGCUGCUUCACUGACUUCUGCAACAACGAGACUCUGCACAUUCACCCAGAGAGGCCUUUGGAAGAACCAGGCUGGAGCAGGCUGCAGCUCACUGUGGUGAUCGUGGUGCCGUCCUGCCUGCUGUGUGUGGGGAUCCUUCUAGGUGUGUUUGUUGUGCAGGGCCACCACUGUGCCUACAGCCGAGCCCACAAGCAAGACCCAGAGGAGCCUCUGGAUGACCAGAUGCUCAUGUCACCUGACAAAUCUCUCAAAGAUCUGAUCUAUGAUAUGAGCACCUCAGGCUCUGGAUCAGGUCUGCCACUGCUGGUCCAGAGAACCAUAGCUCGGACCAUUGUCCUGCAGGAGAUCAUAGGGAAGGGUCGAUAUGGUGAGGUGUGGCGGGGCAAAUGGCGAGGAGAGGAUGUGGCGGUGAAGAUCUUCUCCACCAGGGAUGAGAGGUCCUGGUUCCGUGAAGCAGAGAUUUAUCAGACCAUCAUGCUCAGACAUGAAAACAUUCUGGGCUUCAUUGCUGCUGACAACAAAGAUAAUGGCUCGUGGACUCAGCUCUGGUUGGUGUCAGAGUAUCAUGAGCACGGCUCCCUGUAUGACUAUCUGAACAGGUACACAGUUUCGACGGAGGGCAUGAUCAUCCUGGCUUUGUCAAUAGCCAGUGGACUGGCACAUCUCCACAUGGAAAUCAUUGGCACGCAGGGGAAGCCUGCCAUUGCUCACAGAGACCUAAAGUCUAAAAAUGUCCUGGUGAAAAAGAACGGCACAGCAGUCAUUGCAGAUUUGGGUUUGGCCGUGAAACAUGACUCCAACACCAACACCAUAGACAUACCGUCCAACCACCGAGUGGGAACCAAGAGGUACAUGGCCCCAGAAAUCCUGGAUGAGUCAAUCAAUAUGAACAGCUUUGAGUCAUUCAAGCGGGCGGAUAUCUACUCGCUAGGCCUGGUGUUCUGGGAACUGGCCCGAAGAUGCUCUGUGAGGGGACUUCAUGAAGAUUUCCAGCUGCCUUAUUACGACCUGGUGCCUUCAGAUCCCUCAGUCGAGGACAUGAGGAAGGUGGUGUGUGAUCAGAAACUCAGACCCAACAUUCCCAACCAGUGGCAGAGCUGUGAGGCCAUGCGAGUGAUGGGCAAACUGAUGAGAGAGUGCUGGUACACUAACUCCGCCGCCCGACUCACUGCGCUACGAGUCAAGAAAACCGUGUCCCACCUGUCCGCCAUCAAAGACGUCAAAGAAUAGUUAGAUUUGUUGUCCUGCAGAUCAGAUCACUGGUGCUGGCACUGGUGCAUCAAGAGUAACUGGGAGCAAAAACAGGGAGAACCUGUUCUCUCUAACUGCCUGAGGCUGCCCUCUUCAGGACACGACCACACUGUUCACCCUUAGAGAGCUUCAUCAGGUUGUUGUUGGUGCCAAAGUAUAAUUGUUGAUGUCUGUGGCUGCUUUGCACACUGACACCUAAUCAACCAAUCUGAACCAAACAGCUAAACUUUAGGUGGAAAGAGCCAUAUGAAAUAAGAUGAAAUAAGAAUAUGUUUAAUGUAUGUACAGAUUAUUUUGCUACCUCACACAUUUAAGUGCCCAAAGCUUGAAGUUGCACAUUGUGAUGUUUUUGUGCCAUAUCUUGUAGCAAACACAGUAUUGCUGGGUAGGUAGUGUGCUAACUGACAAUCACAAAGGAUAUUGGAUUAAAAAACUAACUGGUUCUGACUGGUUUUAAAUGACACACAUACAAUUAUACCAGUAUUAUUGUACAUAAACAGUUUGAUGAAAGCUCCACACUUAACAGAAAUGCAGCAGUGCAUUUACAACUAAAGAGAUUCCUUAGCUAAAUAUAUCCAAGGGUUUUUUUAAAAACUGUGAUUUAAAACUGUGAUCUAGGUCUUAUUAUUGAUUGUUAGCUGUUCAGUGUGACUCUAUAGAUGACAAUGACAGUCGGUACAGUGGUCAGUCAGUCCAGUCCAAAUAACUCCACAACUACAUUUGGUGCAGACAUUCACAUUACUCAGAAGAUGAACUCUGUGCCACUAGAUGGGCACUAGAGUAGAGCUGAAGUUCAUAGAGACAAACUAGUCUUCUUGUAAAAAGUUGUGUGUAAAAGGUUUUGCUUUACAUAACAGCUUGAUCUUUUUCUGGCACCAUCCUCGGGCCAAACCUUUCUUUUUGACUGAUGGUCUAAGGAUUUCAAAGAUGUCUCUCCAUUUUAACAGCCUCUCAACUAGCAGUAAAACCACCCCUGUAUCAUUCUUAAUCUAAAGAGAAGUAAAGCUAGGAAGUCCUACAAAGUAUUUUUCACAUUUAACACUUUCACACUUUCGGUUGCUUAAUAGAGCAGCUCUCUGACAGCUGAAUGCUAGUUUUCCGAUAAACAGAAGCUCAUUCAUGAAUGGGAAAAUGUAUGUUCUGUUUUCUUAAAUAUAUAAUAUUCACACUAGAAACAUUAAUUCAAAUUAUACAAUUUAAAGAACCCUAUUCACACUUAAGAGAUUCUGACAAACAAACAUCUUAAUUUCAGUAGAGUUAACACUGGCUCAAGGUGUUGUUUGUAGUUUUUUAAACAGGGAAAAGUAACAAAUUAUUUUAUUUGUCUUAUAAGACUGACUCAAUUUUACAGAGGGUUUCCUAUGGUACCACAUAGUGAUGAUAACAGCAACAAUAAGACACAUUUAUUAAAAAAAAAAAACUACAAAAAAGACAAAAUGCUUGUGUAAAUAGCAAAUAUAAAGCUGUGUUAAUAGUGUGCAUUAGCAGUGGUAGUAAAUCAAUUACCAUUUCCGUACCAUUUCACUUGGGGAGCACAGUUUGGGUAAUGGUUGCACAUUAGGAUGACUAAUGCCACUGUCAGACGUGGCCUGUAAAGCCUUGUCAUAACAGGCUUAGGGAAAGUGCACACGGGUAAAUCUGUACAACAUGUGUGCUCAUAUGCUCCCACGUGUGCAGGUGUGCCCGUGUGUGCAUGUUUCUGUGUGUGUCAUAUCAUGUCAAAGGAUCCCUUAUUUAAAGAUGUGAAACUGAUUCAUCACUGUAGUUUUUGUGAAACUGUGAAACUGCUGCUGUGGAUAAAAAACUUACUAUGUUUCUCAUACACCAUGGCUUUAAAUUCAUGUCUAGCUCAGUUCAUUGUUUUUAGUUACUAAGGUGAGUUACAUACUUCUAUAUAGCUGCUUAGUAUCAGUGUUGACACAUACUACAAUAUGUAAGUAUUUUCCAGUCAUAAAGGUAUCAGAAUUACUGGAUGAAAUUGUAUGUAGUGUCAGCUAUAUUGCCUCUUAAAAAUAAGCUAUGUACAGUAGCCUGUGGCUGUCUUGGCAAAUAUCAGUUCAUGUGCACAUUUUUUAAAAAUGUCUUUCUUUCUGUGAAAUGAUUAGUUGACUUCAGUCAUGGAAGUGUUUGACAGUGUUGCAAAGAAUAGGAAAUAUUAAAAAUGUGCUAUGUCAGUGUCUAGCUCUGCCUCUGCCCUCUGAAAAUACCUAUAACAUACAUUAGUUUUUGUCCACGCUGAGCCAAGCUCAUGUAUUGUCCAUUGUGUCAUAUUUGACAGGUGACACAGAGAAGAACUGAUGGCUAUGAGUACGAAAGACUUAUCAGUCAUUCCAAAAAGGAGUGACGAUCAUGUGCAAUUUCUGAUGGUGUCUUUUUUUUAUAUACUGUAUAUGAUAUAGCUCAGUAUUAAUAAAUGUGAUACUGCUUUCAUAAAA